CGGCAGCGGCGGACUCUGUGUGCCUCGAGACCCCGUCCGGUUCCAAGUUUGUUCUCGGACGCUGGCCAGGUCGUCACGCGUGUUCGACACAAUGCUUUUCGGCAACUUUGCUGAAUCGAAAAGAACAGAGGUCGAUGGUCCGGACGGCACAACGGAAUGGCUUGUGGAGCUCCCAGAUGCUCCGCCACAGGCCAUGAGAAAACUCUUCGAAAUAAUGCACUGCCGAUUCGUCCCCUUCGAGCAGGGCAAGAUCCGCAUACUCUACGACUUGAUCACCAUGGCAGACUGUUACGACAGUGUCGAAAUACUGCGGCCACUGUCCCAUGUUUGGGUGGACGGGCUUCGGCGCCUGAACGUCAGGGAGCUCUCGGCCACCACCCUCCUCGCGCACGCCUGGGUUUACUACUCGCUCGGCCAACGAGCCGACUACGAGCAGACGGGCACCGUGCUCGUGCUCGACUCUGUGCCCGCAGACUUCACUAAGACCGCGCACCUUACAGCGCUUCCGCCCAUGCUGCUGGAUAAUGUCCGCGCCCUGCGCCUGCAGCUCCUCGGCAAGCUGCUGGAGCCGCUCUACAAUGCCACCACGGUCCUCCUCGAGGGUAACGCGAGCCCCUUGGGAAUUUGUGUGUGGAAAGGCACACGUUACAGCAGUGACAACAGUAUCGAGCAGGAAAAGGUAGACUGUGAGCAGCGACUAUUGGGCCUCCUCGUUCGUGAGCUGCACAGACUUCGUCUUUGGCCUCGGCCGGACGUGGCGGACGUGGACGUGGCUCCCAGAGUCCUGUACAACGCCAUGAGGAGGCUGGCUCAGCCAAGGAAGCACAUGGCGUCCGAUAACCACCGUAACUGUGUGCUCGAGCUUGAGCCUGGAAAUCUUGCCAACACUGGCGAUGAUCAUAAUGGACUGAAAGGGCUCGAGGCUUUCAGAUACAUCGCAAGCGCGAAAGAGGUCGAGUUUAUGGCGCGCUUCACAAAGAAGUGAUCGAGGUGUACGUACGAGGCCUCAAGCCGUGUAGAAUGGGUGAGAUGAAUAUUUCAUAGAAGUACAGCAUGGUAGAAAGGAAGAUGCCAAUGCCAAGAUGCGCCAUUGUUUUCCCC